GUCGUUUUGAAACCGAGGUCUGCCGUGAGGCACUUCAACUGCCGCACACCUCAGACUGCAGUCAGUGCGAAGAUGAAGUGGCCGCUAGCUGCGGUGCUUGUUGGCACCGCACGGUCCCCGGCCACCGGUUUCCAUGUGAACCCCAUCCCAGUGCGAUCAACAACGACUGUAGCAGCAGCAGCAGGGGUGGAGCAAAGCAGCAGAAUAACGGCGUAUCGCUAUUCAAGACCAAGUAGGCAUCGUGUGGCAGCAGCGAGAGCAUUAGCAGCAGCAGGGCUAGGCGGGGCGGCGGACGGGGUAGAGUCGUCGCUGCAACACUUGACACAGCCUGGAGAUGAAGAUGAGGAUGAGGACGAGGGGGCAUUCUUCUCUGCGGAGGAGAGCCUCCCACCAACGACACCACCAGCACCAGCAAGAGCAGCACCGGCACAGCCUGCGGCCACCGAGGACGACAACACGAACGCCGUUAUCUCCACGGUCGUCUCCGACGAAGACAACAAGGCGCCGAUAGACUGGGUCCUCUCGCGUCGCCUCCCGCAGCACAGCAGGCGCUUCUACCGCAAGGCUUUAGAGGCGGGCGACGUGAAGGUCGACGGGCGCAAGGUCAAGCGGUUCAUCCGGGUGAAGCGCGGAGCCAGGAUCUCGGUAGACCUGGGGCGGCAGCAGCAGCAGCAGGGGGCAAGCGCCGUCGCGGCCGCUACAACUACGCCUCCUCCCAACCUCGUCUUCCCCCAGCGGCUGCCGCGCCUCCGCGUUGUGUUCGAGGACGACCACCUCUUCGUGGCCAUGAAGCCCGCCGGGAUGAUAUGCCAGCCCUGCGCGGCGGCCCCUCGCGGGACCGUUCUCCACGGGCUAAUGUACCACAUGGUGCAGUCGGGGCAGCUCGAGGAAGGAUCGGACAUAACAGCGGCGGCGGCGAACACGCUGAGCCAGGGCAUCGUGCAGCGGCUCGACAAGCAGACGAGCGGCAUCAUGGUCGUCGCCAAGACCCUAGCCGCCUCCUCGAAGCUCUCCGCCCUCUUCCGGAAGGGCAAGGUGAAGAAGCAGUACCUGGCCGUGUGCCACGGGGACCCCGGCUUCGACUCGGUGGUGGACGCCCCCCUGUACCGCAGGAGCAGCGGGAAGGUGGGCGCGGUGGAGCCGUGGGAGGCGGAGGCGUUCAGGGCCAAGGAGGCCCAGACGCGCGUGCGAAACGUGGCUACCGCUAGAGGACUAAGCUUGUGCCGGGCGGACAUCCUCACCGGACGUAUGCACCAAGUGCGAGUUCACCUCAAGUGGAUUGGCUGUCCCAUCGUCGGAGACAGAGAGUACGGGGACCCGGAAGCUAACUUCAGAGUCUCGAAGCGCUCGGCGCAUCGAGUGGAGGCCCAGCGACCGCUCCUGCACUCGGUGUCGCUCGAGUUCAUCCACCCGUUCACCAACAAGCCCAUGUCGUUCAAGGCGCCGAUGCCUCCGGACAUGUGGGAGACCGCCCAAAACAUCCUUAGGGUGUCGGGGACGCCGGAGCAGCAGGAGGCGUUCGGGAAACUGCAAGAGCUGCGGCAGUCCCAGGCGGACGAGGCGGCGCCCUUGGGUGGACGGGGGGCACCGCGAAUGGCGGCAGGGGGAAGGGGGGGCAAGAAGAGACCAGGGAACAGGAGUAAGGGGGCCCGGGCAGCGUUCGAGGCGGUGGCUAAAUCAGAAAUCUUCGAGCAAUGAGAAAAUAAGACAAUUUUAGAUUCGUUGACAUGUUUUCCGCGUUGUAACAAUUGUUGUUGUAAGCGUGUUGGUGACGCAUGUCCCCACAGCGAUCUUCUCUCUUGGUAGAGCGCGACAGCUGCGCCGGUAGGGUGGGGGGGGAGAUCUUGGAGUCGAUUUGGUCCCGGUGUUAGUAACUUUCAAGGAGGCGGUGAUGAGUGUCGAUACUCAUUGGGCGAAACUAGGUUGACGUUGUCUAGGUUUUAUGGUGGGCGGGGACGAACAGCAUGGGGAUACACAAGAAGGGGUUGAUCCACUGUGUUCUUUGAUGUUGCUCCUGGUGUUGUUGGUGUUGCACUAUCGGCGAUAACGAUGAUACGAUGUUGAUAAAUAUUGUUUCGCCGGUUCUCUUGUCGGCAGAGCGUUGAGCGGGGAGGAGGGGGCAGGGCCGUCUCUUCUACCUCGCCUUUCUCGUUCGUGCUGAGUUGCGCACACGCUAGAAGGCUCUAAAAAGCGAGAAACGGAACAAUUUGGUUUGGAAAUG